UAUUGAUAACAAUUCCAUUUCGAUUUUAAAUAUAUUUUAAUUUUAAAACGUGCUAUAAAUCAUGUCUGAUAGCCAAAAUAUUCAAAUAUUUAACAGAAAUUCCGUCGACGAUGUUGAUGAUUCAGAUCUCAUCAAUAGUUAUGAAAAACAAUAUGAAAAAGUGAAAAAGAAGGCUAAGGCGAAACUACCCCCCAUUGAUUCAAUGUCUGAGCUGAGUUUAAAUGACAAAGAAAGCAGUGAGUGUAAUGUAAAGAACAAACCAAAAAAAAAAGCUAAUGUUAACAAGAAUUAUCAAGCUGGAUCAACAAAUGGAUACAAGGAAGCAGAAGUUCUUUUUCCACCACCUCCACCACCACCAGACAGUAUAAAAAAUUUACCUAAAACUGAAAGGGAGGCUCUAACAUCAAUGCUUAUGUCAUAUUAUAUGAGUGGAUUUCAUACUGGAUAUUAUCUUGGAAUGAAACAAAAUAAUUCUGAAAAAUGAUGUUAUACGGAUUAAUCAUUUAUAAAUUCCUAAUAACUUAAUGGGUAUGUAAAACUUUAAAUAAUGUUUUGCUUGCAUAAAAUGUUACAUAUUAUUUUAUACCUAUUAUAUCAAUGUAUAG